GCGAAAACGUUUUGAUAUCCGUCAUGGAAACUAACGCCGUUUCCAUCCAUUUCCAUUUCGGAUGAAACCAACCCUUGUCGCCCGGCGAACCGUCGCCGGCUCCUCCGCCUCUUUCUCCGGCGAGCGCGAUGAGGGCUUUGUGGAGAUCCUCCACUCGAUCCUCCAUUCUAAGCAGAGCUGGCGCGCAUCCCUCACCAACCCCUUCAUCUCCGGCCGCCUCAGACCUCGCCACAUCGAGCUCCUCCUCCUCCGCACCGUUGACUCCGAUCCCCGCCUCCUCCUCCGCUUCUUCAACUUUCUCGGGCUCCAUCUCCGCUUCCCUCAUUCCCCACUCUCCUUCUCCAUCCUCACUCUCUCCCUUCUCCGCGCCAACCUCCACUGGCCAGCCUCAUCGCUUCUCCACUCCCUUGUCUCUCGCCGGACCUCCCCCGCCAUCGCCUUCGACGCUCUUUCAAAAUCCCGCAACCUUUGCCGCUUCUCCUCCACCUCUCCUUUCGACUUCCUAAUCCAAGCCUAUCUCCAGAACAGCAUGGCCAUGGACGCUUUCGGGGUUCUCAAGCUGAUGCUUGGAUCGAGAUUGGUCCCGGAGACGAGAACGGUCAGUGAUUUGAUGAAUGGUUUGCUGAAAAUCCGGCGUUUUGAUCUUGUCUCACAGGUGUUCGAUGAAAUGCUUAGGUUGGGAAUUCAGCCUGAUGUUUUCGUCUACACUGCUGCCGUGCGGAGCUUUUGUGAAUUGAAGGAUCUUGUAAAGGCUAGAGAAACAAUUUGCCACAUGGAGGUGAAUGGAUUGAAUUCAAGCAUUGUGCCAUAUAAUGUGUUGCUCCAUGGUCUCUGCAAGUGCACAAAAGUUUUUGAAGCACUUGAAGUGAAGAACUCAUUGCAAAGUAAGAAUUUGAAGGCAGAUGUAGUGAGUUAUUGUACAUUGGUGUUAGGACUUUGCAAGGUGGAGGAGUUUGGUGUUGCAGUGGAAAUGGUGCGAGAGAUGUUGAAUUACGGGCUCGUGCCGAGCGAGGCUGCUUCCUCGGCUGUGAUCGAAGGAUUGAGGAGGAAAGGGAGGGUGGUGGAGGCUUUUGAUUUGGUUGAUAAACUCGGGAAGUUUGGAUUGAUACCGAAUUUGUUUGCGUAUAAUGCACUUAUGAAUUCUUUGUGUAAGAAUGGCAAAUUCGAAGAGGCGGAAUCACUGUUUGCGAAGAUGGAGGAGAAAGGUUUGGUUCCUAAUGACGUAAGUUAUUCGAUAUUGAUUGAUUCAUUGUGCAAGAACGGGAAAAUUGAUGAUGCUCUUGUUCUGUUUGGUAGAAUGGAACAGGAGGGCAUCAAAGGCACUAUUUAUUCAUAUAAUUCUCUGAUAAAUGGGCAUUGUAGACUUGGAAGAUUGACCAAAGCUGAGCAUUUGUUUUGUGAAAUGAAAGAUAGAGGAUUGAUGCCGAAUGCGGCCACUUAUACUUCAUUGAUAACCGGGUAUUGUAAGCAAGGAGAUUUAGAUAAUGCACUGAAGCUUCACAAUGAGAUGCCCAAAAACGGUGUACACUGGAAUACUCGUAGUUUUACAGCGAUCAUUAAUGGUUUUUGUCGCGCUAAUAUGAUGAAAAAGGCGACUGAGUUGUUUGAUGAGAUGGUUGAAUUGAAUGUGAUGCCAAAUGAAGUGACUUACAAUGUUAUGAUAGAAGGAUACUGCCUGAUAGGAAAUACUGUCCGAGCUUUUGAGUUAUAUGAUGCAAUGGUUGAGAAUGGUCUUGUUCCUGAUAACUAUACUUACAGGCCAUUGAUUAGCGGCAAUUGUUUGACUGGUAGAGUUUUGGAAGCUAAGGAGUUUGUCGAUGAUUUACAUAGUGAGAAUAGGGUGCUGAAUAACAUGUCUGUUAGUGCUCUUCUUCAUGGAUUCUGUAGGGAAGGAAGAGUAAGUGAUGCGCAUAGUGUUUGUCAAGAGAUGGUGGGAAGAGGACUAGAGAUGGAUCUUGUUUGUUAUGGCAUUCUUAUACAUGCAGAUCUAAAACAGAAGGAAAUAGUAAGAUCGAAUUCCAUGCUAAAGGAGAUGAUCAGGAAGGGAAUUAAACCGGACAAUGUAUUGUACACAAGCAUAAUUGAUGCAUACUCCAAAUUCGGAAAUUUCGCCAUGUCAUUUCAUUUGUGGGAUAAAAUGGCUCAAGAAGGAUGUUAUCCAAAUGCAGUGACGUACACUGUUCUAAUAAACAGCUUAUGCAAAGCGGGGAUUUGUCAAUGCAGCGACAAAAGGCAAGAUGCAGUAAAGCUCAUUGCAGACAUGGCUGGCAAUGGUGUGCUUCCUGAUUGCAUUAGUUAUUCUACUGUUAUUCAUGAGUACUGUAAAGCUGGUGACCUGAAAAAGGCUUUGGAGCUCUGGGAUGAGAUGGUUAAGCAUGGACUGAAGCCUGAUACUCUUGCAUACAACUUGUUGAUACAUGGUUGUAGUGUUAAUGGACAGAUUGCCCAGGCAUUCGCAUUGCAUGAUGAGAUGAUCAGAAGCCAUGUCAAACCAAAUUGGGCAACGUACACUGCUCUUAUUCAUGGAACAUGUUUAAAGGGUGCAAGCAGAGAACCAGACUAACUUUUUAAGAUGAUCAAACUGUGCUUUUCUGAUGCCAUGAACAUAAUUCUGAUGAAGGAUUUUGACAGACAUGGGAAUUACCAGGUUGUAUAUUAGCAUAAACCCAUAACUCACUUGAGAAUGUGGUCAGUAAUUGUGGAGGGCUGGCAAAUAUGUUUCUGUUGAUCUGGUAGAAUGAGAGAAGGAAGACUAGACGACCAAUUAUUGGUGUCCUCCUUCAUAAGGAAAUGUAGAUAAGUGUAUUUCUAUUUAGUUUUGUCAUACUAUAAUUUAUUGAAAUUUUCA